GGUAAAACGUCCGACGUUCAAACCUAUCACAUAUCAUAUUUGCCACGUGUAUGAAAUAUAUCAGGUUUGACCAGUCUGGAACACAGGGCAAAAAUCGGUACAGGUAUCGGGAGAGCGGAUGCUGCGCGUUCAUGACAAGUGCGUAGGUCCUGCUGUGUAUUAGUGUGAACGAGAACGCUAACGAUGGUGUGGUGUAUAGUGUGCUGCUUCGUUCGGUGUCGGUAUUGCCUGUGCUGAUGGUAGCAGCGAUCAUAACGCUGGAGUACUAUGUGUUCAUGACGGAACACUGGGUGAAGGAAUUCCAGCGGUCCGUGGGGCUCUUCGUGCUGCUGCGGAUACUGGAGGCAGCGCUUUUCCACUUCGUGACUGGUUGCAUGCUGGUGGCGUAUUAUAAGGUGGUGUUCACAGACCCUGGAUAUGUCACGCCUGCAGUGGUUCAACGCAUCAGUGACGCCAUGCAAGAAGCGAUGGAAGGUGGUAAGAGCCCACCGAUGGUUAACACUUGUCGGAGAUGUAAACUGCUCAAACCUUUUCGGGCUCAUCACUGCAGCUUCUGUAAUCGUUGUGUGCUGAAAAUGGAUCAUCACUGUCCCUGGGUCGCGAAUUGUGUCGGCGAAGGCAACUACAAGUUCUUCUUCCAUUUUGUCGUGUACGCCUUCUUAGCUCUGUCAAUGUGUGUGAGGGCACUGUCGGGACCUUUCCAAGCGGCUCUCUUCAGUGAGGAUGCACCCCGAGGUGCUGCGAACUUCUCGGCGAUGGCAGUUGUCGGAUUUGUACUGGGUGGAGCGCUGGCUAUUAGUCUGCUGGGAUUUAUUGCUGUCCACUCGUACCUCUUGGUCCACGGUGCUACCACGAUCGAGUGCCAUCAGUACGGCCGUGCCUUCCCUUUCAAUCAAGGCUGGCGGAAGAACUUCAACGACGUGUUUGGCGAUACGACAAAAGACUGGUUACUACCCACAACACCAGCACGGAAGCAACGCUACGUUUUGCAUCCAGCGGAGCUAGAGCACCUCACUGCAGACAGCUGCUUCGGCGACUCCAGUGACCAAGAAGAUGACAGUUUGCUAUAGUAGAAAUCGCACUCAUGCGCAAUAUCGAUUCGUUCAUGUUACCUUGGUGCCUGAUGUGCUUUGCUAUCGCGAACUUAACCCUGCUAACCACUACUUAAGAUCCAAGCUCGUACUGCAGCAAGCACGUAUCACCUGACAUCUUACUGAGGAGGAAUCUCGCCGGCGUGGAAAACGAGCGAGACGCUGUUGACACAGUGACGCUCGUCUGUUGGCGUCUUGAAUCCCUCGCCCUUGAACACGUGACCCAUGUGACUGCAAAGCAAAGUGUCAACACAAUUCGUCAAGUUAACUAACCAAAUACCACCG